CCCCUCUUUUACAUAACGCAACUGUUUAUAAUUAUCAAAUUAUUUUCAAAUUCCGCAAGAUGUUUUAUAAAGGCGAAAAUGAUCAAAUUACCAUACAGAGAAUGAGGUAAAUGAGAAACGGUGUACGCAAUCAAGACUUACCUAUGAGACUCAUAAGUUCCGGCCAAGCAGUGAGAGUCAUUCGAGGCAAAUCUACAAUAAGCCACGUUUUGGAAAGCUGGUGGCGAGAUGUGGACAUUUGUCUUGGCGAUCAUUAGCUUCUAUGCCCUUAGCGUAAAGAAUGCUGGUGCCUCGUUUGUGUAUUUCCCUGCGGCUGAGGUUUCCAAGGACGAGGUCCCUCUCCACGAGGGAUAUCUGGUAAAACUGACACCACACAACGACGGCAAUGGAGCGAAAAAAGCUGAAAGAAGUCAGUAUUACCAAGACAGUUAUUCAGCGGAAAACGAUCGGAGCCGAGAUAGACGCAAUCGUAAUCGAGAGGAAGAAUCAGUGAGCAUAAGUGUGGAAUACCCUCGCCGAGAGGUAUUAUACUCCUCACCGUAUGGAAACCAACGCCUGUGUUUUGAUUGUAACGAUGACUUCGAUUUAAAUGCGCGAGCUAGUAAGGAGCGAUAUAAUCGUCACUCUUAUCGACUUCCUACUGGAUAUUCAAGAUAUUCAUCACAGUCUUCAAAUCGCCAUGUCAAUCGAGAUGUCAAUGUAAAAGGAAGUAAGGAGCAGUUUAAUCGGUAUUACUCUUCCCGCCAAGCUCCAAGUUACUCUUCAUAUGCUUCGAACGACGACAACGAAGAUCUACUAAGUGCGCGAGCCGUAAACAGUCCGUAUGAUCCGUUUGGACCAGCCUAUUACAUCUCGUACGUACAUAAUCCUAAACGCUAUUACGCUCGUAACACACAGUCGGACCUUAUGCAGAACGUAAUAUUGUCGCCGAACGAAGUAAAUACUCCUUUGGCCAAAACUCUACGGUCCAAUCUUUUAAAAAGAAACAUAAUGGCGGCCAUUUUUUAAGAAGAAUACAAGACAAGAAGACAGUUGACGAU